AUGGGUAGUCUUUAUCGGACGCAUAUUUGCCGGCUCCUGCAAAUCCCACCCCGGGAUUCCGCGCCGCCUAGGGGACAAAGAGACGCGCUCCACGCGAAAGAAGGACGGAGAAAAAUCCAACGAGGAGCUUGCCCACCCGCACCACCACCACCACCACCACCACCGCUGCCGCCACUGCCGACACCGCACCAUCACUAUCGCGGUGCCUCGUGUCGUUCACCAACACGGUCGCGAGAAGCGACCCUUCCGUGUGCCACCGGUUAG